AUGUUUUUUAUUAAACACUGUACUCUGACCUUUGCUAUCUUCUUGGCAACCUCUUUCGUGGCCCAAGCAGCGCCGGUGCCAACAACUGAAGCGCCUGUUCCCGUUGUCACAAGCAUUGUUCAGGAAGGUGCUCUCUGGAUCGAUAACAAUACAGAGCACAUCCCUGUGAUUAAUGCAGCUGAAGCUAGUGAAGGCAGUCAUGGCUACCGUCGUGCUGUGAAUAGCCAGCCAUACUAUCCACCGGGGUACCCAGUCUCUCAAGCUGCUGAGAAUGCUCUUCCACGCAUUUAUCCAGGGCACCCGGUCACCGCGGCUCCUAAGUCGGUCGUUGCUCUUGUGUCGAAGCCGCAGGAAGGCUCCAAGGAUUUAGUUAAACGAAGGAUGCCUGUCUACAAGGACUACAAUGAGGGAGAUGAGGAUGAAGACAAGGUUAAGAAGGACGAAGAAGAGCAAGAGGAGGACCAAGAAGAGGAACAAGAAGAGGAAGAAGAAGAGGAGGAGGAAGAGGAGGAGGAAGAGGAGGAGGAAGAGGAGGAAGAGGAGGAAGAGGAGGAAGAGGAGGAAGAGGAGGAAGAGGAGGAAGAGGAGGAGGAAGAGGAGGAGGAAGAGGAGGAGGAACAGGAGGAGGAAGAGGAGGAGGAACAGGAGGAGGAAGAGGAAGAGCUCUAUCCACUUUCCGUUGACGAACUCGAUACACUGUCUGAAAACGAGCCCUAUAAGCCGUCCAAUGAACAAGGUCAUCCCAAGAAAGGACAGUCUGGAGGAAAGAGAGAGAAGAGGGCGGAAGAGAAGGUAGGAAAGAAGGGAAAGGUGCAUGAAGAUACUAAAGCCGGAAAGAAGGAAAAGAAGUACGAGAGCUUCCUUGAUAAGAUCCGGAUGAACUGGUGCUAUGUCAUGUUCUGCAAGUACUAA